AUGAUUAUUAUUUUACAUAUCAAUAAUAUGAAUAAUAUAGUACAAUAUACCUAAUAAUAUUCAAUAAUAUCCAAGCGCGUGUCCGUGCUGCGUGCCCCACAUGCCAGCAAUGUUCUCCAGUCACAUACCGUGACGUCAUGGUGAGUCAGGAGGGGGCGUGGCCACCAUGUAGGCGUACAAGAAGAAGAAGAAAAAAAAAGCUCCGUAAAGAACCCUAAGGAGGAGAAGCGGACACUUGGCUGCUCAGAGGAGGAGGAGGUGGAGGCUCCUUCUGUCUCCCUGUCAGCGUUGCCUCCUUCUCUCUCCCGCUGUGCUCGUGGUGAACGUCCACAGCAUCCACAGCAGCCACAGCAAUAAGUGGAGCUUUUUGGAAGAGAGGAAGUGUGGAUGCUCCACAUGAAGAGCAGGACGUGUGGACUAAAGUAGACCAAGUACAAAAAAAGAGACUUUUUUUCCAGUUUCAAUGUGGGCUCCAGUCUUGUCCCUCACGCCAGGCUGAAAUCCUCCAGGGUCAGGACCUCGGUCAUGGCGGCCCUGCUCCUCGGGCUGCUGCUCUUUGCCAUGCAGUCCCCCACCGUCCCUUCCUCGGGGGCCCCGGAGUGGCAGCCGCCCACUUGGUCGCCACAGGCGGAUAACGGCACCGCCGUCCACCCCAACGGGACAGCGCAGCAGCUCCCACGGAUCAUCAUCAUUGGCGUGAGGAAAGGCGGCACGCGGGCGCUCAUUGAGAUGCUGAGUCUGCACAGGGGGGUGGCGGCGGCCCAGAACGAGGUCCACUUCUUCGACUGGGAGAUCCACUUCCAAAAAGGCUUGUCUUGGUACCGCAGCCAGAUGCCCUUCGCCUUCCCCAACCAGCUCACGGUGGAGAAGACGCCCGCCUACUUCACCUCCGCCAAAGUCCCCGAGCGCAUCCACCAAAUGGACCCGGGCGCCAAGUUGCUGCUCAUCCUCAGGGACCCCACGGAGAGGGUGCUGUCGGACUACACGCAGGUCUUCUACAACCGUCUCCAGAAGCACAAGCGCUACCAACCCAUCGAAGCGGUGCUGGUGAAGGACGGGAAGGUCAACCUGGGCUACAAGGCGCUCAACCGAAGCCUGUACUACGUGCACAUGCAGAACUGGCUGCGGUACUUCCCGCUGGAGAGCAUCCACGUGGUGGACGGCGACCGCCUCAUCCGGGACCCCCUGCCCGAAAUGAAGAAAGUGGAGCGCUUCUUGAGGUUGGAGCCGCAGAUCAGCGCCUCUAACUUCUACUUCAAUAAGACGAAGGGAUUCUACUGUUUGAGGGAGCACGGGCGGGAGCGCUGCUUGCACGACUCCAAGGGCAGGGCCCACCCCCGCGUGGCCCCCGCCAUCCUGCAGAAACUCUACCAUUUCUUCCAGGAACCCAACAGGAAGUUCUUUGAGCUGGUGGGCCAAACGUUCAACUGGAAGUGAAGACGUCCUGUUUUACUAACAUGAACACAACUCUGAGUCUAUUUUUAUAGCGACUACUCGCUUUUUUUCUACUCACCGGUCAGAAAACCUCUACGACCUCUAGCGACCCAGGCGGUCGCAUCCAUCGUGUCGCUAGUAUGUCGUUAAGAGCAGCUUCAACUUUAUUAAACGUACCUGAUGGACAUUCAACCGCUGCUACGCUUUCACAUUCUGGAGAGAAGCCACAUGCAAACCUUUAAUAAGUCUGUCUUUUUAUUCCAUUUAAUCCCAUCCUAAUUAACCCUGUGAUUAAGGGUACCACAGAUUAAGACAGGUCAGAGCCUAUAAUGGAGAUCAUUUAGUAUGAUUUCAUACCAGAAAAUAAGCAAAAUGUUGCGAAAAAUGUACAUUCUUUUUAAAUUGGUGAAAAAAAAUGAAACUAUUAAUAAUAAUCAUAUUAAUGUGGAUUAUUACAAUUUUUUGAAUUUAUUUUUACACCCCCUUACUAAAGUAUUACUUGAAGAACACUUUUCUACAUUAUUUCACCAAAAAAACCACUGAAUUCAUCAAAAUUAUAUUCAUAAUUAAUUUUAAUUAAGUCAUUACAAUUAAUUAAUAAUAUUUCCAGAAUAUUUGCUGUGUUUGUGGUAUGCAAGAGUUGUCAUUUUUAUUCACAAAAAAGUCAAUUUUGAGACAUUUAAAGUGUACUAGAUUCUCCUGUCUGUAAAUAGAUGUCUUUCUAAAGUGAAGA